AGCAUGUGCAGUGCCCCUUCACUACUAUAGUAUGCAUGUCCACCGGGACCGCGCGAUUCCUAUCACCUGCUACGCCGGGCUUGUAUGAAAAUCAGAGGAAAGAAGAUUUACCUAGGUCUCCUCGGCCCUAUCGCUCCCGACACCUUCCGGCUUCCUCUAACAACACCGCUUCUCCCCUCUCCAGCCAGCUGCUGGCUCAACAACCCCAUGCCGUAGCACAUGACCUACCGCACUCACCGGGCGGUCGAAUGCCGCCGACGGUUGCUCGCGCAGUCUCAGGCUUCAGCGGGCAGGGUUAUAGGGUACAAUGGGUACACUAGGCGUUUCCCGUUCCCAGGCUAGUCCGCCAGGAACCAGAGAGUUCUACCAGCCGACGGUGAUACUCCCGAUGGAUGCUGCGUCCUACCGAGUUCUGCAGCGCGUUUCUGCCCAUGGGGAGAUUGUAGCCUCCUGCCUGUUUCUCUCAACCAAAAAACAGAUUGCGUCGGGUUCGUCCCUUUCUGGAAUGGUCCUCGAUAGACUCGACCAGGGACUCAGGUUUAAUCUGAUUCAUGGUGCAGGGCCAUCUGCUCAUUCCUUUUCACUAGCUAUCACUAACAGACAAUCUCUGCCGCAGUUCUCCCGUAUCCCGCUCUCCGAACAGAGGAACAGCUCUCCGAGAAGCGAGAUCUUCUAACGCCCCACCACCACAGUCAUACAAAGGCACUGCGCUCCAUAUCCCUUUUCGAUGCAGUGGCCGGCCGUAGAUAUUUGAAAACC